AUGGUUGCUUCCUGUAUAUUGCCCAACGAAUACACAUUGGCUACAGUUCUUCCUUCUUGUACUGGCCACUCUGGUCAAGAUCAUGGCAGGCAAAUACAUUCUCUAGCAGUGAAAAGUAACUUCGAUUCUCAUAUGUUCGUCGGGAGUUCACUGCUUGACAUGUACUCCAAGGUUGGUGAAGUCAAAGACGCUCGAAGAGUUUUCAACAUGCUGCCUCAUAGGGAUGUUGUUUCUUGUACUGCUAUUAUCUCUGGAUAUGCCCAGUCAGGCCUCGAUGAGGAAGCUCUGAAAGUGUUCCAACAGCUGCAGAGAGAGGGAAUGGAAUGUAACUAUGUUACUUUUGUCAGUCUGUUGACUGCAAUCGCCGGACUUGCUGCUUUGGAUUUCGGUCGGCAAGUGCAUGGCUUGGUUAUCAGAAGUGAGCUUCUGUUUUAUGUAGUCCUCGACAACUCUUUGAUUGACAUGUACUCUAAAUGCGGAAGCUUGAAGCAUUCAAGAAGAGUCUUUGAUAACAUGCUUGAGAGAUCAGUGAUUAGUUGGAAUACAAUGCUUAUGGGUUAUGGUAAACAUGGUUUAGGAAGAGAGGUUGUUCAGCUCUUUAAGUCCAUGUUUCGAGAAGUGAAGCCCAAUGGUGUUACUUUCUUAGCUGUGCUAUCUGGCUGCAGUCACGGUGGAUUGAUCGACGAGGGUCUAGACAUUUUUGGUUAUAUGGUCAGUGAUCAAAGGUUGAAACCAGAAAUAGGGCAUUAUGGAUGUCUCGUAGAUCUACUCGGGCGUGCUGGCAGAAUAGAAGAAGCGCUAGAUGUGAUCAAGAACAUGCCAUACGAACCGACAUCUGCCCUAUGGAAUUCACUUCUAGGUGCGUGCAGAUUGCAUGCUAAGAUUUCGAUUGGCGAAGUUGUUGCUCGAAAGCUUCUCGACAUGGAACCUGACAAUGCUAGUAACUAUGUGAUACUUUCGAAUAUUUAUGCUGCUUCAGGAAGAUGGCAAGAUGUUGCCAGAGUGAGGGAGUCAAUGAAACUGAAAAAACUGACGAAAGAACCAGGGAGAAGCUCCAUCCAACUCGACAAGGUUAUGCACAUUUUCUUUUCCAGUGACCGUUCUCAUCCCCGAAGGAAAGAAAUUUUUGAUAAGAUUACAGAGGUGUGCGAAAGGAUCAAAGCGGCAGGUUAUGUUCCAGAUCUUAGCUGUGUGCUACAUGAUGUAGACGAUGAGCAAAAGGAAAGCAUACUACUUGGGCAUAGCGAGAAGUUGGCCAUAGCAUUCGGGCUAAUGGGCAAUGCUUGUCGCGAGUCGAUUCGCAUCACAAAGAACCUCCGAAUCUGCAUUGAUUGUCAUAAUUUCGCAAAGUAUGUAUCGAAUGUAUAUCAAAUGGAGAUAUCUUUGAGGGAUAGCAGCCGGUUCCAUCUAGUUGCCGGAGGGGCGUGCAGCUGUGGGGAUUACUGGUGAUCGACAGCGAUCUGAGGGAUCAGUUGGAGAUGGAAUUUGAACUGAGCCAAUUGGGCUGGUCGGAACCAGCCAUUUGAAAGCAGACGGUGUUGUCGACAUGACAAACUGAUCGAAUCUGCCCCAGUAAACUAUCCAACAUGUCGAACGAAGUGGACUAUUUGGGGAGCUCAACCAGGCUGAGUGAACCAUAAUCCAUCUCAUAGAGUGAUUUUAUUAUCACCAAAGUUCGUUCAUUUCCUAUGAUUAUAACUUUCCUUUUCCUUGAGAUUUGGAAAGAUUUUAGGGCAAGAAUCACAAGAGCAGUCCUAUAUUUUUGAAUAUCACAUCACACAUGGGCAUCUUUUUUUCGUUGUGUUAUAGGUUAUGUAUCCAUUGUAGCGAUUAUGAAAUUAUAAUUAUGUUGUUGAACAAGUAGGAUUUAAAUUUAAAA